CAGGUUACGCAGUAGUCCGUUUCUCGCAGUGUUUUUCUGUAAAUAGCCACUAAAAUGUCCGUUUUACUCGACUGCUGGUAAAUUAUUGAUUGGACGGGAACAUUUUUAUCUGUAAGGACAGAAACAUGGAGGCUGGUGAAGGUGUCAGUCCUCCCACCCCCUCUGAAGAGAUGAACGGAACCGGGACCUUGAUGGACCUCCUGGACGAACCGUUCCCUGAUGUGGGCACUUAUGAGGAUUUCCACACCAUCGACUGGCUGAGAGAGAAGUCCAGAGACACGGACCGCCACAGGAAGAUCACCAGUAAGAGUAAGGAGUCCAUCUGGGAGCUGAUCAAGUCCCUGCUGGACGCCUGGUCUGGAUGGGUGGUGAUGCUGCUCAUCGGCCUCCUCUCUGGUACUCUGGCCGGAGUGAUUGACUUGGCGGUGGACUGGAUGACGGACCUGAAAGAAGGCGUGUGCCUGUCGGCCUUCUGGUACAGCCACGAGCAGUGCUGCUGGACGUCCAACGAGACGACGUUUGACGACCGGGACAAGUGUCCUCAGUGGCAGAAAUGGGCGGAGCUGAUGACGGGCCACACGGAGGGGGCCGGCGUGUACUUGUUGAACUACUUCCUGUACGUCCUGUGGGCUCUGCUGUUCUCCUUCCUGGCCGUGUCUCUGGUGCGAGUGUUCGCUCCGUACGCCUGCGGGUCGGGAAUCCCAGAGAUCAAGACGAUCCUCAGCGGCUUCAUCAUCCGGGGCUACCUGGGGAAAUGGACCCUUCUGAUAAAGACCGUCACGCUGGUUCUGGCCGUGUCGUCGGGCCUGAGUCUGGGGAAGGAGGGUCCUCUGGUCCACGUGGCCUGUUGCUGUGGGAACCUCUUCUGCAGCCUCUUCUCCAAGUACAGCAAGAACGAGGGGAAGCGGCGGGAGGUACUGUCGGCGGCGGCGGCAGCUGGCGUCUCCGUGGCGUUCGGAGCACCCAUUGGAGGAGUUCUGUUCAGCUUGGAAGAGGUCAGUUAUUACUUCCCUCUGAAGACUCUGUGGCGGUCCUUCUUCGCCGCGUUGGUCGCCGCCUUCACGCUGCGUUCCAUCAACCCGUUCGGAAACAGCCGCUUGGUUCUGUUCUACGUGGAGUACCACACUCCCUGGUACAUGGCCGAGCUGGUCCCAUUCAUCCUGUUGGGAGUGUUCGGCGGACUCUGGGGGACCCUGUUCAUACGGGCGAACAUCGCCUGGUGCCGGCGGAGGAAGACCACCCAGCUGGGGAAGUACCCAGUUCUGGAGGUCAUUGUGGUGACGGGGAUCACCGCAGUCCUGGCCUUCCCCAACCCAUACACCCGGCGCAGCACCAGCGAGCUCAUCUCCGAGCUCUUCAACGACUGCGGCGCCCUGGAGUCCUCGCAGCUCUGCGACUACGUCAACAACCCCAACAUGAGCCGGCCCGUGGACGACAUCCCCGACCGCCCGGCCGGACCCGGGGUCUACAGCGCCAUGUGGCAGCUCGCACUCGCCCUCAUCUUCAAGAUCGUCAUCACCAUCUUCACCUUCGGCAUGAAGAUCCCCUCAGGUCUGUUCAUCCCCAGCAUGGCGGUGGGCGCCAUCGCCGGCCGGAUCGUCGGUAUUGCCGUGGAGCAGAUGGCGUAUCACCACCACGACUGGAUCAUUUUUAAGAACUGGUGCCGACCUGGUGCGGACUGCGUCACACCGGGGCUCUACGCCAUGGUGGGGGCUGCCGCCUGUCUGGGGGGCGUGACCCGCAUGACGGUCUCCCUUGUGGUCAUUAUGUUUGAGCUCACUGGCGGGUUGGAGUACAUCGUUCCCCUCAUGGCUGCCGCCGUCACCAGUAAGUGGGUGGCGGACGCCUUCGGGAAGGAGGGCAUCUACGAGUCGCACAUCCAGCUGAACGGGUACCCGUACCUGGACGUCCGUGACGAGUUCACCCACCGCACUCUGGCCACAGACGUGAUGAGACCGCGCCGGAACGACCCUCCUUUGGCCGUCCUCACGCAGGACGGCACCACGGUGGAGGACGUGGAGACGCUCAUCAAAGAUACCGACUAUAACGGUUUCCCGGUGGUCGUGUCGCGGGAGUCAGAGCGGCUGAUUGGCUUCGUUCAGCGCCGCGAGCUCACCCUCGCCAUCAAAAACGCUCGUCAGAAGCAGGACGAUGUGGUGAGCAGUUCCGUGGUCUACUUCACAGAGGACGCUCCGCAGCUGCCUGCCAGCAACCCCCAGCCCCUGAAGCUGCGCCGCAUCCUGAACCUGAGCCCCUUCACCGUCACAGACCACACCCCCAUGGAGACGGUAGUGGACAUCUUCCGCAAACUGGGCCUCCGUCAGUGCCUGGUCACGAGGAGCGGGCGCCUGCUGGGCAUCAUCACGAAGAAGGACGUCCUGCGACACAUGGCCCAGAUGAUGAACCAGGAUCCAGAGUCCAUCAUGUUUAACUGACUUCGCACCGACGGCUGUAAAUACACCUGCUUCUUUAGCCCCGCCCACCCCAUCACUGACACCGACCUCGUGCAUCGAGCAUCUCGUUUAUUUAUUGCAGCUCGUUUUCGAUUGAACAAAGGAAAGACUUAACGAUGACGGAAAGGUCAAAGCUCCUGAACAAACUUGAAGGUCUGUAACAAACUAAUUUUUAUUUUUUCGUGUUUCUCACCGUUUUGUUGAAUUAAAGCUGCUUCCAGGUCUUUUGGUCUGUUUAUCAAACACGUAACUUUAUAAAAUAAAAAAUAAAAACCUGUGAAAUGUUACAUUUUAGUGGAAAGACUGGAGAAUCACUGGAAGUUAAAAAACAGGGACCAGUUUCACCGGAGAUGAAGCGUUGUUAAAUUGUUUAAAUGAAAAAUGGACUUCAAGUAGUAUUUUUUUGUGUGUAUUAUGGUG